CCUGGUUCAGCAGGGCCUCACCAGCUCCGUUCUGGUCAGUCAGCUCUGAGUGGCAGCUCUUACUGCCUGGGAACAGACUCAUGUGGCCCAGUCAGGAGGAUGACAGCUCUGCACCACCGCAGGGAGUUCCUCUGGGGCCCAGUCCGAAGCACCGGUCUGGCAGCUGCGACGUACCAAUGCUUCCUGCUCCCUACUGAUGUCACUUGGAGAUCUGAUUGUCAACAUCACAAAAACAGCACCAGGAAAAGCCACAAGCCCCGAACGACUGAAAGUUGGAGGAUUUCUUUUCAGGAUGUUCAUUUUUCACUGGUUUAUCAGUCUCUGCUUUUAUGGAUCACUGGGGAUAUAAGGACGAGUUCAGCUCCCAUCAUCCUUCUCCGUUUAGCUGAUAGAAUUGAUAGUUGGAUGCACCAUGGCAUCCUCAUGGCUCUUCUGGCUCAGCACUUCCCAGAGCCUGGUCCCAAAACAAGGCAUAAAGCAGCCUGGAAGAAGAUCCCCCAAGCCAGGCUCAGGAUGGUUGUGGUUUUCAUUGCCAGCAGCAGUGAAUCAAAGCAAAACAAAGCAAAAUGUCCUACCUUCUUCCAUGCCCAAAUCCAGAAGAUGGCCUACAGCAGCAGCAUCCAGCUGGCACAUUGGAGCUUUCCUGCAGUAGAGAGAAAAGAAUGGACUACAACUGAAUGGUACACAGAAAGAGACUUCACACAGCUGUGGAAGGGCUACAAAUGUAUCUGAGGAAAAGGUGCAGAGAAGUCUUCAGAGAAGGCCAAGUGAAUCUUACUGCAUCCGGAACUGCUCACAUGACAGCCUGGUAUGGCAUGAUUUGUUUUGAUUCCUGUGUGUGUUUGAAUCAUGUUUUCACCUCUGUUCCAGUGAAAAAAGCAAACAAACAGAACCCAGCAAACCACCACAGCUGUGCUGUUUGAUAUUUGACGUAUUCUGUACUGAGCCUCAGGACCCUCUGAAGCAAAGGCUGUUUCUUGUCCAAGUUGCAUCACGGUGCCGCUGGCAUUUUUGUGGUAUGGACCAAUUAAUAUUAGUAACCUAAAUUAAAAUCUCCAAAUGCAUUUUGAAUAGUGACAUGGAGCUGAUUUUAAUCUAGGCUUUCAAAAAUGAAGCAGGAGUGCGUUAAUCACCUGCCCCUCCCUUCUCAUUAUUCAUAUGGCCCACAGUCCUCAGUGUCAGAACAGGCUCCUACAUCAACCUCUUACUUCACUUUCCCCAGGCAUUAUUAGUUAAUCACAAAGGUCUGAAGUCCAUCCUGAGUUUUACCUGUUGGCAUAAAUCUGAGGCCACGGCAGCAGCGGUGCAGCUUUCACAUAAAUGAAAGAACAGAUUUUGGCACAAGUAUUUUUAAUGUACAGCAGCUGGCAAUUUUGGGUUUAAGGAGCAAAAUCACACCUGAGUUCUCAUGUGCUCGAGAACUUUGCCAACAAAAGGGGAAUAAAACAUAAACAAGAUGUUUUACCUUUUCCUAAUCCAGAGGAAAUGGUGCAGCUGUUUCCAAGAAUAUAUUCUAUUGACCGUUAUGUUCACGCUGUCACAUCAACAUUGGAACAGAAGACAUUCUUGCUUUCCAGUUACGUUUGAACACAAAUGUCUUUCAUUUGUUUGUUUCAACAUAUUUUCCCUUUAACACAUUUUUUUGAUCAUCAGAAUUUUUCCUAAUAACGUGUUUAUUCAAUGUUCAGUUAAACCAGAUUUGGAAUUUUACAAGUAUAUAAAUGUUUACAAAUCAAUCCAUUAAAUGCACUUGCUACUUUGAUGGGAUGA